AUGGGGCGAGAGCAGGAGCUGAUCCAGGCCGUGAAGAACGGGGACCUACCCGGCGUGCAGAAGCUGGUGGCCAAGAUCAAGGCGUCCAAGAGCAAGCUCCUGGGAUCUGCCAAGCGUCUGAACGUGAACUACCAGGAUGCGGACGGGUUCUCGGCUCUGCACCACGCGGCGCUGGGCGGCAGCCUGGUGGCCCAGCUGCUGCUGAACAGCCAUCUGGCCCUCCGGGAGGGACAGGCCAAGGAUGCCACCGACCCCAACUACCCCACCCCGCUGCACCUGGCAGCCAAGAACGGGCACAAGGAGAUCAUCAGGCAGCUGCUGAAGGCCGGGAUCGAGAUCAACAAGCAGACGAAGACGGGCACAGCCCUGCACGAGGCCGCGCUCUACGGCAAGACAGAGGUGGUGCGGUUGCUGCUGGAGGGCGGUGUCGACGUGAACAUCAGGAACACCUACAACCAGACGGCGCUGGACAUCGUGAACCAGUUCACCACCUCGCACGCCAGCAAGGACAUCAAGCAGCUGCUGAGAGAGGCAUCAGGAAUCCUGAAGGUCCGAGCUUUGAAGGAUUUUUGGAACCUCCAUGACCCGACUGCUCUCAACGUCCGGGCAGGAGAUGUCAUCACGGUCCUGGAGCAGCAUCCGGACGGGCGGUGGAAGGGACACAUCCACGACACUCAGAAAGGCACCGAUCGGGUCGGGUACUUCCCCCCCUCUGUUGCUGAAGUCAUCAGCAAGCGAACAGGGCCACAGAGCCACCAGACCCCGGGCAGCUGCCCCCCUGGAGACAGGGUCUUCUCCCACCAGUUCUUGCGGCCUGAGCAGCUCCUCGAGGGGAAGGAUGCAGAAGCCAUUUACAAUUGGCUGAGCGAGUUCCAGCUGGAGUCGUACACCUCCAACUUCCUCAACGCUGGCUACGAUGUCCCCACCAUCAGCCGCAUGACCCCAGAGGAUCUGACAGCCAUCGGCGUGACCAAGCCGGGCCACAGGAAGAAGAUCUCCACCGAGAUCGGGCAGCUCAGCAUCGCCGAGUGGCUGCCCAGCUACAUCCCGGCUGACCUCAUGGACUGGCUCAGUGCCAUCGGGUUGCCCCAGUACCACAAAAAGCUGCUGAACAACGGCUAUGACUCCAUCACCAUCGUGACGGACCUGACGUGGGAAGAUCUGCAAGAGAUAGGCAUCAACAAGUUGGGCCACCAGAAGAAGAUCAUGUUGGCCGUCAAGAAGCUGAGAGACCUCCGCAAAAGCCUUAACCAAACAGAAGCAACUCUGGCAAGACGCAAAGUCCCCGGUGCCCUGGACAUCGUCACCAUCGAGUCGCUGGAGAACGGGGAGUGCCAGUCCCCGCACACCCCCAAAAUGACGACCUUCCAGGACAGCGAGCUCAGCUAUGAGCUCCAGACAGCCAUGUCCCAGAGAAGACGCAAAGUCCCCGGUGCCCUGGACAUCGUCACCAUCGAGUCGCUGGAGAACGGGGAGUGCCAGUCCCCGCACACCCCCAAAAUGACGACCUUCCAGGACAGCGAGCUCAGCUAUGAGCUCCAGACAGCCAUGUCCAACAGCUGCCACGAGACGCUCGGCAUCAAGAGCAGCCAGGGGAUCCUGCGAAGCAGCGGAUGCUCCACCACGGCGCUGCUGGACGCGGAGGUCUGCCUGCCCCUUCCCCAGAGCGAUGAGGAUGGUGAUGGAGCGCCGAAGGCCUGUGCGUUGGCUCCAGUCCGACUGGGUCGUGCUGCUGAAGGGAGGCUGCCCUCUGCCGACACCGUGCCUGUGCCAGCGGCCACCCCGCUGCGGCCAGGGUGA